GGUGAAUUUUUCAUUAUUGCAAGGCAUCAAGCUUCCUGUUCAAAAUACGUACUUGAGGCCUUCAAGGAGGCUAUGAAGCAGUGAUGGUCGACCAAGAGAAGCGGAAGGUGAUGUUUGUACAAGCAACGAUCGAACAGCAACAUGCUUUCAAACUCUGUUUCUUCUUGAAGGCUCUGAAAUUGCUUAACAUCCCGAAAGGUGGGGGAUGGAAGAUGGAGGUUGUUUUUCUGAUUCCAGUUGAGGAGCUUGCAAGGUUUGGGAUCAAACCCACCGAAGACAGAAGCGCGCUAGAGGAUUAAGGGUGGAAGAGAGGAGAGGAGGAAAUGCAGGCAGAAGUAGCAGGAAAUUCUAUCAUGUAGUCAGGGGGAUCCGAAGCAACGAGAGGUCACAUGCCGAAGAACAUCGUCUCUUGAGGUACGCAUCGAGGUAGCCAACUCCAUUCACAGCCACGUGGCUGAUGUUUGUGAAGAGUGAAGUCUCGGACAUGUGAAUAUCUAGGCGUCCACUGGUCAUCUUUCUCGAAUCGAGACGCAGUAGCUCUUCAUCUUUUUCCUUCCAUGAGAGCCAAGUUCUUUUUCCUUCCAUGAGAGCCAAGUGUAUACUUGUUGUCGUUCAUGACCAUGCCUGCUCGAGCUUCCGUCAUGGUACUGCCGUCAUGGUACUCUAUGGCAGGCAGCUUCAGCAGUAUUCGAUUGCAACUUCAACAAGUCUAGCAGCUCUACUCCUCUGCGACAGCUUCGCCUCUGAGAGCAAGAGUCAGUUGGAUGGUUCUUACUCCCGCAACAUCAUGAUAGCAAUUGGAACAUCUUGAUCCGAGAC